CUUCGUUCUUUAAAGUACCCUACUUGCACCUGGAACCGUUUGUUCCUCUUUUCUGCUUCAAGAACAGGAAAGACCGAAAGAGGAAGUUACACCGUUGUGAUAAAGCAUUGUCAGGAAUUUCAGAAAGAAAAGGAAAGAUCUUUGCUUGUUUGCCUCAUCACUUGGAAGUGUGCACUGGAAUACGACGGUCGUCACGUUCACACCAUUUCUGCGAGCGAUGUCGAAACACUCCACAAUGAGAUUGAUGGUCUUCUUCCUCUUCGUUUCAGCGAGUCAAUCUUUUGUAGCUAUUCGGCCCGCAGUUGUGGGCUCAAAAAAUGCGAUUUCAUUUCUUCGCUCGAAAACAAGUUGUUCCAUGCUGACAAAGGGUGGCGACCGGUACUGUUCGUCGCCUUCGCUGAGGCGGUCCUCUCUCCCCUCUUUUAGCAAAUCGAAUUCGAGGGCCAAAUCGCAUACCGAUGUUCAUCGUACACGGAGUCACAGUCCAAGUUUGAGAACGACCGCUCGAUCAGCCAAAGCCGAGACAUUGAUAGCCGAAGCACAAAACGCGACAAACAAGGAAGAACUGUUGUCCACUUCGAGGAAAACCGAAAUUCUGGCUGCCGACACCGACUUCGUCAAACCGGAACGGGACAUGUCGGAGUACCGUUGGAUCAAACUGGAGAACAACCUCCAGGUUCUCUUGGUCAGCACGGCUUCGGACAAGGCCAAUGGUGGUGGCAAUAAUAGUGGUGCGAAAGUCGAGGCGGCAUCUGUCCACGUGCAGGCUGGGCACUUUGACGACACUAUUGCCGGUUUGGCACAUUUUCAUGAGCACAUGCUCUUUUUAGGUACGAAGAAAUAUCCUGGAGAAGACGAAUACGAAGGAUUUCUUUCGAAACACGGAGGAUUUUGCAACGCCUACACUGAUAUGGAAGACACCAAUUACUAUUUUAGUGUAACGAGUCAGCAAGUCGACACCAAUGAAACCAGUGAGGGUCUGAAGGGUGGCUUAGAUCGCUUGGCACAAUUCUUCAUACAUCCAACUUUCGACCCCGAUAUGGUAGAACGUGAACUCCGUGCCAUCGAUUCUGAGUAUCGAAAUGGAAAGACAAGUGACUCCUGGCGCAAUUACCAACUACUGAAAUCCUUGUCAAAUCAAAAACACCCUUUUUCAAACUUUGGUUGCGGAAAUUAUGAAACACUUAGUUCACUCGGAAGCCCGGUUCAAGAGUUGAAGAACUUUUGGAAAAAAUAUUACACAACAUCGAACAUGCGUCUGUCUGUAGUAGGAUGCAGUUCCUUGGAUGCUCUCCAAAAAACAGUGGAAGAGACCUUUGGCGAACUAGCUCUCUCGGAUGAACCCCCUCGGCGCGAAAAAGUAAACCCUCUGUCUCCCAUAUUUCCCCGUGAAAAUGCAGUGCACGAUCCUGAAAAUCCAGCCUUUGGGCCUGAACAGAUAGGCAAGUUCCGUCAAGUUAUCCCGCUAUUAGAAAGUCGUACGCUCAAAGUUCAGUUUGUCACUCCGCCAAUUUAUGACCCGGUACUCAGGAAAACAAGACCGCAUCGCGUACUUUCUCAUUUGAUCGGACACGAGUCACCUGGUUCUUUGCACCACUUAUUGAACAAUAAUGGUUACAUCACGGG